GAUGCUCGCUCGAUCGGCUCGUUCGCUCCGCAAGACCCUCACGGGCGUUCGCGCGUUCGCGUCGGGCGUCCCCGAUGUCAUGACCGCGGCGGUGAUCCGCGAGACGGGACCGGCGUCGAACAUGAAGAUCGAGAAGGAUUACCCCACGCCGAAGCUCACGGCGGGGGGCGUCAUCGUGAAGAAUAAGUACUCCGGUAUUAACUUUAUCGAUACCUACCAUCGAAGUGGUUUGUACAAGCGCGAGUUACCCUUUAUCGGCGGUCAAGAGGGUGGUGGAUACAUCGCGGCAGCGAGCGACGAAGCCAUAGCGCAAGGCGUCAAGGUCGGCGACCGCGUGAGCUACUCGUCUGUGUUUCAAACGUACGCGCAGUAUACGGCGGUGCCGGCGAGCAAGGUGAUCACGGUACCGGAGUCUAUUCCUUUGGACGUCGCGGUGUCGUGCGGGGUGCAAGGAAUGACGGCGCACUACCUCACGCACUCGGCGCACGCCGGGCUGGUGAAGCCGGGCGAGUGGAUGUUGAUUCACGGCACCGGCUCGGGCACGUGCCAAUGGGCGGCGCAAAUGGCCAAACUUCGAGGAUACAAGGUCAUUGGAACGUGCUCUAAGAGCAAGGAGGACAUCGCGCGCGCCACGGGCGUCGAUGAGCUCAUCGUGUACGAUGAAGCGCCGGGUACGUCCUACGAAGACUACACCUCGGUCGACCUCGUGCCGCGAGUGAUGGAAAUCACCAAGGGCGAAGGUGUCAAGGCUGUCAUCGAUGGCAUCGGCCUCGCCACGUACGAGACCUCCAUCGACGUCUUGGCUCGCCGCGGUAUCUUCGUUUCCUUCGGCAAUGCCUCCGGCGCCGUCCCGGCGUUCCCGCCGCUUCGCUUCAUCAACAAGUCUGGUUACUUGACCCGCCCGAAGUUGAACGACUACACCGUCACUCGCGAAGAGCUCAUGGAACGUGCGAACGACAUCUUCGGCUGGAUUUCUUCUGGCGAGCUUCAAGUCGCCGUCGACCGCUGCUUCCCGCUUGAGCAGUGCGUUGAGGGUCACAACUACCUCGAAGCCGGUAAAUCUCGCGGAAAGGUCUUGUACGAGAUUAGUGAUUGAUCAAGCUCGUACGAAGCGCGAACACCGUCGAAAAACACACGUAACCAAUAUUACUA